CAGGAGGAAGCGAGGGAGAGGAGGGGAGGGCGGAGACGGGGCCAGCCCGAGGAAAUCAAACGGCCCCGCCAUGAAUUAGGCAGCGGGCUGCAGAGGGGAGGGCCCCCCUCCUCCUCCUCCUCCUCCUCCUCCUCCUCCUCCUCCUCCCCCCUCCCUCCCCGCACGGCGGCCGGCGGGAGCAGCGCCGCCCCGCACGGAGCCGGCUGCUCGGGGCGCGCCACGCGUGCACGCACAGACACACGGACACACACACACGUACAGACAGGCGGCGGCGUGGGCGGGCGGGGGCCCGGCAGAUGAAGAUGGCAAUGUCCGUGAUCCAAGCGUGCCGCAGCCUGGCUCUCUCAACAUGGCUGCUGUCCUUUUGUUUCGUGCAUCUGCUGUGCCUGGACUUCACCGUGGCCGAGAAGGAGGAGUGGUACACGGCCUUCGUCAACAUCACCUACGCCGACCCGGCGGCCGGCAGCCCCGAGCUCCGCAGCGAGAAGAGCGAGUGCGGGCGGUACGGCGAGCAGUCGCCCAAGCAGGACGCCCGCGGGCAGGUGGCCCUCUCCGCCUCCCCCGCCGACCGCUACGCCUGCGACCCCGGCACCCGCUUCAACGCCCCGGCGCCGGGCAAGAGCUGGGUGGCCCUCAUCCCGCGGGGAAACUGCACCUACAAGGACAAGAUCCGCCACGCCGCCGCCCAGAACGCCUCCGCCGUGGUCAUCUACAACGUGGGCUCCAGCAACGCCAACGAGACCAUCACCAUGCCCCACGCAGGCCUAGAAGACGUUGUAGCAAUAAUGAUUCCUGAACCCAAAGGAAAAGAGAUAGUGAGCCUCCUGGAGAGGAAUAUUACUGUGAUGAUGUACAUAACCAUCGGGACACGCAACUUGCAGAAGUACGUCAGCCGGACCUCUGUGGUGUUCGUCUCCAUCUCCUUCAUUGUGCUGAUGAUCAUCUCCCUGGCGUGGCUGGUCUUCUAUUACAUCCAGCGAUUCCGCUACGCAAAUGCCAGAGACAGAAAUCAGCGCCGGCUUGGAGAUGCUGCAAAGAAAGCAAUCAGCAAGCUGCAAGUCAGAACAAUCAGGAAAGGUGAUAAGGAAACUGAGCCAGACUUUGAUAACUGUGCUGUUUGUAUUGAAGGCUACAAGCCCAAUGAUGUUGUCAGAAUUUUGCCUUGCAGGCAUCUUUUCCACAAGUCCUGUGUAGACCCCUGGCUGCUAGACCAUCGUACCUGCCCGAUGUGUAAAAUGAAUAUUCUAAAAGCUCUAGGGAUCCCGCCAAAUGCAGAUUGCAUGGAUGAUAUACCUCCAGACUUGGAAGCAUCCAUAGGAGGACCACCAACCAACCAGAUAACAGGAGCCAGCGAUAUAACAGUGAACGAGAGCUCUGUAGCCCUGGAUCCUCCGGUGCGGACUGUUGGAGUACUACAAGUCAUCCAAGAUGUAGACUCCUUUCCCCAGGUUGGGGAGGGUAACUUCACAACAAGCAAUGAACAGGAGCCAGCAGUCAGCAGUGAUUCAGACAUUUCAUUGAUUAUGGCAAUGGAGGUUGGACUGUCCGAUGUGGAGCUUUCCACUGAUCAAGACUGCGAAGAGGUGAAGUCUUGAAAAACAGAGAUCCAACACUAAACUACAGGGGAGGGUCACAGGGAGGGACUGAGUCAGCUUUCUAGGAUUUGGACCAGUCAUGCACAUGCCUCCAGAGCACUGUCACUCCUGCACACUCCAUUCUGAGAUGGUCACGAAAAGCAAUAGCAACAGUUGUGUCUGCCUGGAUGGGGUUUCAUCAUCUACAUACGUUCAUUUCGUUCACAUGGGAGAUGAAUGCUUCCAGUUUACCCACGUGCUUGAGAGCAGUCAUGUAACUCUUCAGUGGCUCAUAAAUACACAACUGAAAUGACAGCUUGAGUGUUUUCUACACUUGUUUGAUAGGGGUUUUGUUUCUUUUUUUUUUUUUUUCAAAAGACAUAUGUUUGUUAUGGUUUUUGUUUGUUUAUAGUUUGUUAUGGAUGGACACUAUGUUUUUGUUGACUGACCCCAGCUUUUUCAAGAGAUCAGAAACCUGAAUUCCUGUUCACUGGUCACUUCAUGCUCUGACUCCAGGAUUUAUCAUUGCCUUGUUAUUUCUGCAUGAAGUACGCAUGGUUUCAGAAGGAUGGUGCACCAGCACCCUGCAUUAAUGUGAAUACUGCUUUCAUUAAGUGGGAGCCUUGGAAACGGUAUAUUCUGAAGGCCUUAGUUUGUAAGAGAGCUCUGAAUUAACAGAUAUUGCUGGGAUUUGGCUUAAAACUGCAUUAUGUUGGUUUUUCUUAGAGCUCCAUUCUAGACAAGUAUCAUACAGUGUGAUGGAAAGAAAGAAAAGCUUGAAGUUUCACUCUGUCCUUGUAGUCCUUUGCUAUAUUUUAUGCUAUUAGCCGUUGUCAGUAUGUUAAUGGCCUUCCUUCAAGGCACAAUUCAGUAGCUGGAAAAGAAGAUUUAGUAUAACAUCAUGUCUUUUCUUAAUUUUACAGACCAAAACCUGACCGGUAGGCUAAAGGAGUGUCUGAGAGGUUUCCAGAGGCUGCUUCUUAACAGCUGUGCAUUACGUGGACAACAAGAAUAUUCUUAGAAAGGGUUUGGAGAUGCUGAUAUCGGUGUCAGAAAUUGCUAAUGAAGCAGGAGGCAGCUGGUUGAAAUGUUUACUUCCUGGUUUGUUUUGGGUUUUUUUCUUAGUGCAUUUCAUUUAUGUUUUGAGGGCAGUUUUUGCCUGCUUGUUAUCAAACACAGGAGUUCAGGUGCUUCCUUGCCCUCCAGUGUCCCUGUCAAUCUUGUUGCAAGCAUAAUGGAAUACUUGCAAUUUGUAUAUAGAUAUAUAUACACCAAAAUAUUUUGGGUAGAGAGGAGGGAAUUUCAAAAUAAAUAGAAUUAAUGUAAAUCAAAACACCUAAAUAAUAAUGACCUGUACUGAUUAUUUAGUUCAUCCUGAGUUCUGCUUUCCAGGGGAAAGCUUUUCGUUACUUGUUCAGUGUACGUUUUCAUUUUUCAGUCAAAAUACUCAACUGUGAAGAAGCAUUUUUAGCUUACUGUUGCACAAGAGUAAAUGGUUUCUGUUGACAGUCAGAUGAUUUGAAUCACGUUACUGCCUCCUGAAUAAGUCCACAGAAUCAACAAUUCAUCUUACAUCAAAAUUUCAUGGAGAGGUCAAACAUUUUGACAUGAUGGUGUCAUGGCAGCAUCUCAAAAUGUAGCUAUUACGGUUCUUGCUGCAUUUAAUCUCCUUGUGGAUUUACUCGUUAGAUGUGGAAACCAACUUCCAGCCAAAAUUCAUUUUGUCAGAUCUUAUUCAGGAACAAAUGUGUUUAGAACUAUCCCUAAAAUUUUGACUGACUUGCUGCUUUAGUAAUGGAAGAAGGAAAAACUAUACUCCAUGCUUUUCGGUCCAGUUAGAACUCAGUUCAUUUUAUAGCUUAAUUUUUUUGAUGUUCUUAGUCCCUAAAUUGCAGGGUAACUUUGAGGCAAAGGAGCACAGCCUAAUCAUCCUUCAAAACCAUGAUCCAGAAAUGUGCUGUUACAUUUUUAUAUGCCAUUUGAAAGGACAUCUCUUUUUAAUUAAAGAGAUACGGGCAGCUGGAAUUCUGCUUGGUUUAAAAAGAAAGUUAGAGAUCGUUCCAGAGGGCGCAGCUAGGUCAGUCUAUUUGCCAAUAUUUGUGGUUCUAUAAUCGUAUUUCCCUUAUUCUUUAAUGUCUUCUCUAUUCCUUGCUGCUGUGGGAAAGGCCCACAGUGUCAGGGGAACCAAUGCUGAAAUUCACCCCUACGCAAGAGAAUUCGCACAAGGUACCACAUCAGCUCCACUUAAGCUCUGGAAAUAAUGCUGAAAUGGGAUUUAAGUGGUGCUUACACCAAACACUGGCCCUUCACACAGGAAUGAAAUUCAUCUCAAAUGACUGCAGGGGAAAGAGCGAAGCUGGUUGUACGCAGUCAGGUCUCCAUACGGAAAGUACACACACUGGUACAAUUUCUUCUCUAGUGCUGGAGCCUGGGUGCUACAUGUCACAGGAACAUCACGAACACCAUGUCCGAGUUGCCAGUGAUCCUUUAACAUCUGCCCACUGCGGCCCAGCACAUGGACAAAAAAAUUCCCGGCCGAGCGUUUGGGUUUCAGAGGAGCUGUCACAAAGUCUUUGUUUUAUUUCACAAACUUCAUUAAGUUAAUCUCAGUGGAUAGAUUGACCAAUUAUCUGUUGCCGUAGCGGAGUCACUCACAGCACAGCAGAGCAAGCGAGGUCCGGGGAAAAGCAAGGCAGGAGGUGAAACUCCCAGCUGAUACUGAACUGGGUGCUUUGCCCAGCAAAAUCAUUAAAGGGAGCUGUGCUCAAAGGGGCAUCACAUAGGUGGGAGCUGAGACCCUGCUGUAUUUCUAGGAGUUAGUGAAGGAUUUCAGAGAGGGAUGCUCUUUCCCUAAGCAUCCCACACUAGAUGCAGUCCCUCGGGGUGCACAGGUGGCUGCUGGCAGAGGCAGGGUGCUAGGCUGGGUGAGACAUUUUUACAUAUCACCAUGCUGUGGUCUUUCAAAAGAGGCAUCCUCACAAAUCUGGGUCAGGAGUCUUCCUGCUUUUUUUUCCCCAGUUCUCCUUGAAGUUUUGCUCAGGAAAGAUGUUUUUCCGUCCCUGUCCUCAGGUGUUCUAUAGCUCUGAGCGCUGUUAAGCGGUAAUGAGCGCAAAGCCAGGUUACACAUCACUGAAGCUGGAACUUAGGAAAGCACUUUUAUUCCAUCCUUCAUUGGAAAAGCACUUAUGACUAAUUUUGGACUUGUACCAAAAUCACAUUAUUUUCAACAGGUCCUCUAUGAGCAUAAUUAAGCCCCUGUAUCAAAUGGAAAGGUUUUCUGAAAGCGGGACCUGGCUAACAAUAUUCUUUGUAUAUAUAACCUGUGAAAUGCCUUGGGAAUUUGAGGUGCUUCAUAAAUAUUGAGAUCCCCCAGAUGUGUGUUUGUAACACAUAUGAAAGCCUUAAUUCUGCAGAUCUGCAUGCUGAUGCACAUUUUUGCUUACAUGAGUCUCUCUACUGAGAUUCCUCACAAGGUUAAAUUAAACCACCCUAUUUGCAGUUUGGGGUAAGAUUAGUACCAUCCUGAGCAUUGUGUGAGUCUUCAGUACUGCUGCCCACUAGUCUUGGGCUUCUGUAUUAAAUAUGUGGGAUUCAGAUGCUGUGGACACCGCACUGCCUGUUCAGAAGGGAAAGCAGCCUUUAGCAUGCAGCCAGGAAAAAAAAAAUCCUCUGGUGCCCUCUGACGAACAAGUGCUCAGGCACAUAAUUCUGCAGGCUCACGCCGAGGCUGCCUCCCCACGGCGCGGGCGUCCUUGCUGCGGCUGCCUCUGACCGCUGCCAGCCCAGCACGGCCGGGCAGAGGGGCACCUCCUGCACAGGGCCAGCGGGAUGGCGCAGCACCCUCAGAAAGGCACUGUUGUCAUUAAGCUGAUCCUGGGUCUCUCCGAGCUCUUCCUGUCCUGUCGUCUGAGGCUCUUCUUUUCCGUGAGCGAGUAGUAGGUGGGAAAAGCAUUCGCCUUAGUGAGGCUCAUCUUCACUCUGGGUGGCCUUGGACAGAGAGAGACUGCGGUCUCAGUAUCCUUUGAUUUCCAUGGGUUUCACUAACCUGCCUUCCCAAAGGUCUGUUCAAUAGUUAAGGCACGUAAGAAGUUGUAUGGGCAGAAUUUUGCGCUCACAAAUGACCUAACGUGUGUGUGCAGACGUGUAAGGCACCAGCCUGGCAUCCCUACCCCAUGGCUGAACCAUUCUAUUCUGGUGGGGAUACAGAUCUGGCACUUGCUGAGGGUUUGGAGGUUUUUUUAUUUUCUGACUGCUUUAGAGCUUCAAAACCAGGAUCAGGGCACUAUCACCACUGCAGUUCAUUCUUUAAGCCUUCUAUAGAAUUAAACUGCCAUGUGUGCAUAUGAAAGUACAUUGAUAUGACUAGGGAAACUCUAUUGUAGUGAAAACAGAAGCAGCUGCCAUUUUUAGACUUUUUAUAUGAGGGAGGCUGUAGCAAUAAAGAAAAAGGUUUUACAGAGGCAAUUUUUUAAAAAGUAUUGAAAUCACAUGUGAUAAGAGGUCCCUCGGAUCUCAUUACUUAAAUGAUCCCUGGAUCAGUUCCAGAGGAAGUCAUCACAAGAAGAGCAGUACUUCGUCUCUUGUUGAAUGACUUGUGUGGGAUACACUCUUACUUUGUUAACAAAAUGAACCCAAGCACCAGAGACAGAUCCAGCUCUGAAUUUAGUCUUUCUCAGAGAAUAUGCAUUUUGUGAUCCAAAGCUUUUGUUGUCAAGCCUGUUAAUCCACCCUCUUCUUUCCCCCUUGCUAAAUAAAAAGAAAUGCUUGUCCAAUUUGAAAAAUAUCUGGCUCAGAAGACCUUUGCAUAAGGACGGGUUGCCCUGGCAGGUAUCCGCAGAUCACUUAACACUUCUAUGUACUUUUAGUCAUCGGUACGACACAGUUACAGAUUUUCCAUAAAGUGUGUUUUAUUUGCCAUUCUUGUUAAACCUGGAGUGCGGUCAUCGUAUAGAUUUUCCAGAGUUUUGCCUUACAAACUUUUUCCUUUGAAUAUAUUCAACAGGCCUUUGAGCAGAUUCUGUGAUUAAAAGGCAAAGGUUGGGGCACAAGUCUUUAUAUAUAAAUCUCUGGGCUGCAAGUCCUUGUUGUGACAAUUGUUCUGUGCUGAAAUGACGAUAAAUCUUACGCGUGACAGCGGGAAACACCUUUCAGCCCAGGCAGCUGGGAAUCUCUCAGGCUUUGUUUGUAAGAGGCUCGUUCCCUCAUGAUCUCUGUCAGUAAAAAAGCUCGUGACUAAGCAUAUAGUUUGAAAUAAGCCAGGAAGAGGAAUUUAUAGGCUGUGCAAACCAAGAAAACCAAUAGGCGUUUAUUGAUUUCUAUUCCUUAGCAAUAAUGGACUCUUUUUAACAUUUGUUGUUCUCGUAGAUCCCUGUUGUAGGGCCAAAGUUACCAGUCUGCUAGGACCAGGGGUCAGGACAAGCUGACCCUCUAAACAGAAGAGGGAGGGCUUGGUUUGCUGUUGGGAUGCAUCUGUUUUGUAGGACUGAAAUGGCAGAGAAAUCCAGCCUGUUCCUUCCCAGCCCCUCUCACAAAUGUUUGCUCUAGCGUGAGCCUUUGUUGCAGGAGAAGGAGAUCGUGGGAUCAAAUUAACACUGUGCCGCUUCCUCUCUUGCAUCUUUUGCUGCCUGUAUCUCUGGUAGCAGGUUGGACUGCUCUGGUUCAGCAUGAGGGAAAGGAGCCGGCCUAAGUUCAGCUUAAGGCCCAGGGGUUUCAGCAGAUUCAGGGCAGCUGAACUUCUUCACGAGCAGUGCUGACGGGGAUUGCUGCUUCACUGAGGGACACCAAGCGUUGACUCGUUUGCUUUAUGGAUGCAAAAUGUAUGAGUGUUUAUGGGGCAACCGGCGUGACAGAAAUUAAUCAGCUUGGUUAACACGAGCGUUGAAAAACAAUGUCAUGAAAUAUUUUAGGGGCGAGGGAAAAUGAGGGUGGAGGUGUUGUUUUAGUAGACUCUUUAAAUAAGGACAAUUGAUCCAACACAAGCGCUUCUUUUAUUUUACCAAGCUGUUACCUGAACUAAUUGAUAGUUUCGCAGUUGAAAGAGGAACACCAGAUGGACUUUUUAGUCUGGAUUUGUUUGCCUAGCAGAUGGCAGCUGCGGGCUGGGACGGCGAGCGAGGGAGAAGGCUGCCCUCUGCCGCACAGCUUCCCCCGCCCGGCUGGAAACCCGCUCCGCUCCCUUUCUCUUCUUUGGCACUUCUUUUUGAAGAAAAAAAAAAAACCUUCUGAGCAGGAGCUAUAUUUCAAAGGGAGAAAAAGAGAAGAAAGAUGAAUGAAAGAUGUUGUGGGUUUUGAAUGAAAAGCCAACGGAUUCAUUUUCCAUCUGAAAUUAAUCUUGCCUCUCUCAACUAUUUUAAUUGUGAAUUGGUAGAAGUUAUUGUUUUCUGGAGUGAAUGCAAAAAAGAAAAAGAGAGAGAGAAAAAAAGAAAUAAUGUUUUUCCAUUUUUCUUUUAUUUCCUGAUUCUUCAGUCCUGCGUAGCAUUAAAAAACAAUAGCAAGAUCAAGAUGUUUGCUCUGAAUGUAUACAGUUAUUUCAGAUGUCAAAUAUCUAAAUGUUUGUAUGUGUACAUAAUACCAUCCUUACUUCUUGUUUCAUGUUAGAAACCUGAAAUGACUGUACUGUUUUAUAAUUAGAAAUGUAAAGAGGGGCCACUGGGUGGGAGGGUCUGUUAUUUUUAUAGCAAGAUGUUCCUUGUAUUUAGUGGACAUUUAAAACAGUUUUGUACUUGUCAAAAUAUACAUUCCAUCCAUUUCCAAAAGAGAAUUAUUUUUAUUUAGGGCAGUUUGUAAGCGAACAAAAAAACUUGUGGCAUCCUGUCUGUACACAGUUCACUAACAGAGCAGAAGUAGCCUGGUUUUCAGCUUUUUCCAGCCGUGUCUCUUCUCACACGCUGCAGAGCCAUACCAGCAAAUGCCAAUGCUAAAAAGGGAAGAAAAAUCCCAAAUUAAAUAAAUACCAUAUGGAUCAAUGCAUAGUUUACCAAAAUAACUUCCAGUUUGGAGACAAUGGUCUGUCCCAGUGAAAUUCUCCAAGGUAAUCAGCCCUGCUCUGGAUAGCCGGAGUGGAUUUGCUGGGAGGCCUCAGCCCUGCCCCUGCCCCUGCCCAGCGGGGCUGCCAGCCCUGGCAAGCCGGGGCGACAGGGGUCUCACGCUCACACACACGUCUCUGGUUGCGCUGCCGCUCCCUCGGGAUGGGAGCCUAUUUUUGACUGCAGUUGGUUUGCUGGUAAGGCAGCCCGUUUCUGCAGGCUGACCACGGUGUCUUUCUUUGGACGGUGGAAAGGACCCUUCAUCUCCACGUGAAAAAAAACCAAAAAGUUCCGUUCUCCGGACAGCUGCGCUUUGGUUCGUGAAGCACCUAGCGAAAGACCGUGGCAAAAUCAUACAGUGGCAUUUGCGUAGGCGGUUCUUGUUCUUGUAGUUACCUCCCACCCCCCGCCACUACCUGUGACUUGCUGCCUAAACAGUGCAGUAGCAGUUUGUGAAGCGAGCCUUUUUUCCUAGCAUUACUUUCUGUGCAGUGUUGCAAAUAUACUUUAACUCUUUGCUGAUAUUUUAUAACGUAUACAUCUUCCCCUCCAAUGCACUUUAUCUCUCUUGAAAAACGUGGGAGUCGGAGAACUACCAUCUUAAAGGGAUUUGCCUGAAAUUAUGAGGCACACACUUUUUUUUUUUUCCCUUCUUGCUUUGUUAUAUACUGUAAAUGCUAAAGAGCAUGGACAGUGACUCAGCUGGGGGAAGUACCGAAAUACUGAGGUUAGAAUUUGGAAGCAUUAUUCAGUAGUAAAACAUGGCUAUUUUUGUUAUAUAGAGGAUUAUAAUGUAAAUAUGUGAGACUGUGUUAUUAUGUACUAGUAAAAUAUUGCAACUCUCAAAGUUCAGAUGGUGAAUUCCAAGGAAUUUUAUUGCAAGUUUUUUAAUAAAACGGAUCUGAUUACUGUAUCGUA